ACAAUUAAGUUUGAGAUAGAACCUAAAUGUAGCAAUAACUCAGCUGGUUUCCAUUAAAACAACAACAACACACACACACACACAAACUUGCCUUGUAUUAGCAAUCUCGGGAGAAUCGUAUGGCGAUGCUGGUAUUAAUCUUUCUUUAGUCUGAUUUUUUUUGACGGUACAUUAAAGCUAGUUGGUGCCCAGUUACAGAGAUGCCAGAUGAUCAGUGUGGGAUAGGUGUCCCUCGAGAGAAAGUCACAUGAUGAUCGUUGCCCUGUUACGUCAGAGGCAGAUGGCAUGGGUACCAGCUCUGGCAGUUGGCAUCAGUGUCAUUUCUCAAAGAGAGAAGAGGGAGAGAGAAAGAGACUGAUCAGAAAAUCAGACUGGUUUGCAUUACAAGAAAGGGUUCUGGUACAGUAAUUCAGAGGACCUGAAACAUGAAAACUGCAUGUUGACACAAAAUCAAGUAUUCUAUUGGGAUUUUUAGGAGAGGAAAAUGUUGACCUUACCCUUCGAAGAGCCUGUUAUGAUGCCUGAUCCACAGUUUGGUGCAAACUUUCCCAGAGAUUGUGUCGCCGAGAAUAAAAGUAGAAAAACUGACACUUUUUUUAAACAAGAUAAAUCACCAAUGCCAGAGUCAAAGCAGACCCAGGAUGAAGAUUCGGAAAAAGAGGAAGAGGAAAGAGAGGAAGACGGGGAUGAAAACGGAUUGCCGAGGAGAAGAGGUCCCAGAAAAAAGAAGUUAACCAAAGUGAGAGCAGACAGGGUUAAAUUUAGGCGGCAGGAAGCAAACUCGAGGGAGAGAGGUAGAAUGCAUUGUCUCAACGAUGCCCUGGACAGCCUUAGAAAGGUGGUACCCUGUUACUCGAAAACACAAAAACUCUCCAAAAUAGAGACUUUGCGGCUGGCAAAGAAUUACAUAUGGGCUCUGUCAGAAAUCCUUAGUGCUGGAAAGAGACCCGAUCUUCUUGCCUUCGUGCACACCUUGUGUAAAGGAUUGUCACAGCCAACCACUAAUUUAGUGGCAGGGUGUCUGCAGCUCAAUGCAAGAAAUUUCCCAACAGAUCACAACGGGGAAGCAUCUCAUUCUGGCAGGUCUCCAUACCAGAACUUGUAUCCACCUUAUCACAGCCCUGAGCUUGGCACGCCUACAGGGCAUGGUAGUGGUACCAUGGACAGUGCUAAGCCCUUCAGACCGUACAAUUACUGCAGUACUUACGAGCCUUUCUAUGAAAGUACUUCCCCUGAAUGUGUAAGCCCACAGUUUGAAGGUCCCCUAAGCCCCCCAAUUAACUUUAAUGGGAUAUUUUCCCUUAAACACGAAGAAACAGCUGAGUAUGGUAAGAAUUACCACUACGGCAUGCAUUACUGUGCUGUGCCAGCCAGGGGUUCUCUUGGGCAGAGUUCCAUGUUUAGGGUCUCCUCAGACAGUCACUUCCCUUAUGACUUACAUCUGCGCAGCCAACCCUAUGCCAUGCAGGACGAAAUAAACACAGCUUUUCAUAAUUAAUGUGUUAAACUAAACUGUGGUCAUCCCAUUUGAAAGCUAAUUAGUGAAAACGGUGUCUGUGCAGUAUUCAUGCUUGACACAUAAACUAUAUAGUAUAUUCUUACCAUAUUUUUAAAAAAAUUCAAUGCAUUAAUUGCAUUACUAUAAUUUUAUUUUAUUGCAUUAUACUUCCAUCCAUAUCAGCCAUAGACCUAUUAAAGUAACCCCUGUAAUUAAUGUAGCUAAUUAUUUUUAUUGUCAUUAUUAUGAUGUCUAUAUCGGUGAGUGUGGCUUUUGUUCAGCUAUGUUUUCAAAACACACUUCAACAUUAUCAAGUCUAUGCUUUUUGUUUAAAAGAAAUAUGUAAUAUAAUUCUUCAAGGUGUAUUGUUCGCUUAAAUCUUUGAUUACAAUUUUAACAGGAAAUGUGAAAAUGAAACGUUUUGGAUUGUAUGUAUAAAUAAUCUUCAUACUGUUGAAAUUCUAGCUUGCUGAUGAAUAUGAAAUGUGUAUUGAACCUAUGUAUGUUAUGCCAAUAGUAAGUGGAUACUGCCCUUUCCGAAUUGAACCUAAUGCACAUAAAUGAGGAACAUUUAGUAUUUCUCAUAAAUAUAACAAUACUACUACUACUACUACUACUACUACUACUACUACUACUACUACUACUACUACUAAUAAUAAUAAUAAUAAUAAUAAUAAUAAUAAUAAUAAUUUAUGAAAUCGAUAGAUAUAUAAAGCAGCAAGCAAUAAAGGCAAUUAAUAACACAAACUAUGCAACAUGGAAUAUGCUCCCUUAAUAAGCCUUCCCAUAUGUGUUCCAUACAGGUACACAUAUGUCACUGGGACGAGUGACCUACUCUCCGUAUUUUAUCUGAAGGGCAAACCAAUGGCUGAUCUUAUCUAGGUUAUGGGUAUCUGAGGAUUGAUCUCUCUUUUCAGAUUGGAUGUAGUACUAUUCCCUGCUCAGUUAGCAGAAGGUAUUGAGGAUGUCUAUGGUAGAUUGAAAAAAGAAAUCAUAUAUAGAGUUUGAGACCCAAUUACGUUAAAACAGAAUGUACUAGUACACUAACAGCGUGUUGUGUGACUUAUUUGUUGGCAACGUGAUAAAGGGAUGACCACAUGCAAUUAUUCACAUUGGUAAUAGCAAAAAACGCUGCUAGUACAGGAAACAUCAGAAACUGUUUUAAUUACACCCGUCUAAAAUUGCGUAUUUUUAAUAUAUAUAUUUUUAAAGGAUAUUAUUAAUCAAUUUGUCAUUGAGAUAAUACAUCUCUAGACGGACCUUUCAGACAUAUCCUUCAUUACUAAAAAAAAAACAAACAAAAAAACCCUAUAAGCUCUCUACAGUUAAAUUACGAAUUUUACUGUAUGAGCUUGUAUAUCCUCCACGGUGUAAAUGUUUACAUAUUCAAUGACAUAAUUUGGGUCUAUAGUCUUGACAAAGUGAACAUUUUACCACACGAGAUUUCUGAUUUGUCAGAUAUUGAAUUAUCUUGUCAAAUGCGGUUUAAAAAUGAGGUUGGAGUUUACGGAUAAAUAUUAUAAUUUGUUUACAUGCUAAUAGGUUCGUAGCAUUUUGAGGUACCAGUAAAAUAUAUGCAACAUUAGUACCGUUUUAUUUAUUUAUUUGUUUUCCUACCAAAUGUAUUGUAAAAUGUAUUUUGUUGAAGUCCUGUUAGUAGUCUGUUUUUUAAUCAUGUUCACAAGUGUAUAUUUAAACAUUAGGAAUGAAACCUGUAAAAUAUUGACGAUGGGACGAAAGACUGUACUAAGUGUCUUAUAAUUUCAAUACAAAUUCCUUGCCUUAAUUUAAAAGGAAAUAGUUGGCACGUAUGAUGUAAGUUAUGCAAUGGCAUGGAUGUACUGACUUGUGGCUUUGUACUUUUUUUCACAUUUAUUUUGUGACAAAAGUUUGGGAAAGGAUAGAAUAAAACACGCAAUGCACUAAACUUUUAUUCUGCACAUUUGUAUUCAAUAAUUAUGUUGUUUUUGUAAUGCAAAAUACAUAAUAAAAUUAAUAUGUUUAUCGUU